AUGUCGCGUCGUCCGGCCAAGGGAGAGUACAUCGAGACGGAUACAGGGAACAAGGUCUCUCGCAAGGCCAUUCUCGUCGGCACGCAAAACAUCAUGCUCGGUGGCAAGACCGUCAUCCAGCCCGAAGUCAUGAUCCGUGGCGACCUCGUCCGAACCGCCGCCCUCUCCGGAAGCGGCGGCGCCUCGGCGCCCGCCAGCAACACCGCCGUCGCCAUCGGCCGCUACUGCUUCCUUGCCAAGGGCGCCCACCUGCGUCCGCCCGGCAGGCUCUACAAGGGCGUCUUCACCUACAUGCCGCUGCGGCUCGGCGAUCACGUCUUCGUCGGCCAGGGGACCGUCGUCCAAGCGGCCACGGUGGGCAGUCACGUCCACAUCGGCAAGGGCUGCACCAUAAACGAGUUUGCCCUCAUCAAGGAUUACGUCAAGGUUCUCGACGGCACCGUUGUCCCGCCCUUCAUGGUCAUACCCAGCUUCUCCAUCGUCGCCGGCCAGCCGGCCCGAGUCGUGGGCGAGAUACCGGAAGGGGGACACGAAGAGUUUGAACUGCGAGAACUGUACAAGACGGUCGGCAACAACCCGCAGCCCCCAGCGGCAUGA